AUGGCCAACAACAGCCUCGACGAGCGCCAGGUGCGGCGGCAGGAAGUCAUAUUUGAGAUUAUCCACACCGAGGCCGACUACAUAAAGGACCUGCGGGUUCUGGUAGACAUAUUCGUGCAGCCGAUGCGGUUCCUGAAGGUAGCAACUCCAGAGCAGUGCGAUUUGAUGUUUGGCAACAUCGAGGAGAUUCUGGUGCUGCACGAGUCGAUUAAUGCCGCGUUCAUGGAGAGGCAGCGGCGCGAGUACCCAGUAGUUUCGGACAUUGCCGACGAGCUGCUGCCGUUUGUCAGCCAGUUUAAGAUAUACGCAAAGUACAUUUGCAACCAGGACAACGCGCUGAGGCUGGUGGAGGAGCUGAAGAAAGAGUCGGCGCACUUCAUGGUAUUCUGGAAGGAGCGGCAAGGGCGGCCCGAGUGCCGCAACCUGCCAAUGGAAUCGUUCAUGGUUCUGCCGUUCCAGCGUCUUCUCAAAUACCCACUGCUUCUGCAGACGCUUCUGGCGUCCAGUGACGACUGGUCGCAGGAGUACGCAAACGGCAAGAUGGUUGUCGAGCAGAUUGACGCGUGGAUUAAGAAGAUCCAGGAUACCCAGACCAAGCUCGACAGCUACGCAUGCCUGGACGCGCUCUCAAAGUCUAUCCGCGACAUCGACUGGACACCGUACCUGAGCGGCGAGCACCGGCUCGUGUACAGCGGGCCAGUCAAAACGUCGAUGCCGCAGCUAGACAACGGCCAGCCCGAUCUCUUGUCGAAGGAGGAGCCGGGUGUCAUGUGGCUGUUUGACAGCUUCCUGGUUAUUGCCAAGCCGUCGUCACCAGGGUGGGCCGCGGGCACCGGCCCAACCCACAAAAUCGCAGGAUGCCCGGCCGCUGCCAGGCACGCGGUACACAGCAGUGCUAGGGCCGUGCCAGGUAGUGGAGGUCCUGGACAUCGCACACCGCAAGGGCUCGCCGGCCGUGUACCUGCACGUGAUACCCGUCCAGUCGCCCACCAUGACGCCGCAGAUGGACUCGCUGGUUGUGCGGUUUUCGACAAAGGCUGA